AUAAUUAAUUAUAAUAUUAUGCAACUAAUAUUAAAAUAACAAUGCUGCCAACAUUUCUGUCUGCAACUGCAUCCUACAUGGAUGUAGUUUGGUACGUUGCGCGCGUUUCAUCCACUUGUCAAAAUAUGCAAGUGACAACAUCAACAUCGUUAACCUGGAUUUAAACAGUGCUAAAUAAUGGCUACAUUACCUCCAAGGAGGAACCCAACCCCGACGAAAAUAUCCAAGCAACAUCUGACGCCGUUGCAGAUCUUGUUGCAGAUGGGAUUCCCCAAACAUAGAGCAGAAAAGGCAUUGGCAGCAACUGGUAAUCGUGGAGUGCAGUUGGCUUCUGAUUGGCUUUUGGCUCAUGUCAACGAUCCACUGCUGGAUGAUUCAGCUCCAAGGGAAUACAUCUUAUAUGCAUGCCCAGUAGGUCCAUUUCUUGAGCAGCUGCAGAACUUCUGGGAGCUCACCCUAAUCCACUGCGGAUGGAAUGGUGCUCAUAAUUUUACACCACAUAUUACUUUGGUUUCAUUCUUUAAGGCUCCUGAUGAGGAUGCACCACAUCUUUCGCAAACACUGAAGAGUGUAAUGGAUAGGAAUGGGGCUUUACUAAAUGAGCCCCUGAAACUUGAAACAUAUGCUUCACACAAUUUUAUGGGCUUCUUUGUAUCUGAAGAGCAUGCAGAUUAUUUGAAGAGAAUUGCUAUGCAAUAUGUGAAAGAAGUGUCCAAUGCUAUUAUUAGUGACACUUAUGAGCAUUUUGAUGCUUUAACUGCCUGUUUUCCAUGGUGUUCGACCACCACGGCUAGGUGUAUACCAAGGGGUAGCAGAUCGAUCAGCUUAGAACCGCACGUUAAAUCACUCCAUUUAACAUUGGCCUACCAGUUUUCCACAAACAACUACGCACACUUGAAAAGUCUUGUGGAAACUUUGGAUCCAAGUACUUCGAGCGCUUGGGAAUUGAGGUUGUAUUCGCGAGACCCUAGAGUGAACGGUAAACAAGUCCACAAGGUGAUUCAUCCGUACACCCCUUUGGAAAAUGAUGAAUUGGAAUUGCGCACAGGAGAUUACGUCUAUGUAAGCAGCGAAGCUUUGACCAAUUCACCGGACGGUUGGGUUGAAGGCACGUCGUGGUUGACAGGCCAGACUGGUUUAUUGCCAGAGAGCUAUACUGAAAGGACUGCAGAAUCUGAUGCUUGGACGUUGCAUAAGAAGGUGGCUUUGAAUCAAAUUUCGGUUGGAAACUUGACCACUUUAUCGGCAAGUCCAGAUUCUAUUCCUAAAAUUGAGACUGAAAUUGAUUCAAUCGUGAAUCAAGUUGAUGCUGACGUUGAUACUUAUACGGAGGACGUCGAAAAUCUAACAAUAUCUGAGAAACAUCAAAAUGCUGUUCCGGAAAACCAAAAGCUCUUCGUCAUGCGUCACGGUGAAAGAGUGGACUUCACAUUCGGAUCUUGGAUACCACAUUGCUUUGACAAGGAAGGUAAAUAUAUACGCAAAGAUUUGAACAUGCCGCUCAGUGUUCCUCAGAGGAAACUUGGACCUCCCGGUUUUAUAAAAGAUUCUCCUUUAACUAACGUCGGUGUCCUGCAAGCAACUUUGACUGGGGAAGGAUUGAAGCAUGCAAAAGUUAAUAUAAAGUAUGCUUUUGCUUCGCCUUCCUUGCGUUGCGUUCAGACAUGCGAUGGAGUACUGAAAGGGUUGGGUUUGAAAGAUUCCGUGAGGAUUAAGCUGGAGCCAGGGUUGUUUGAAUGGCUGGUCUGGUAUCAAGAUGUGAAACCUGAUUGGUUGACUGUUGACGAACUGAAAGUUGCUGGUUACAAUAUAGACGAAGAUUACACGCCGUUCAUUACAAAAUCGGAAUUGUUUAAAUCGCAGGAAAAUUGCGAACAGUUUUACAAUAGAAGUGGUUUCAUAACCAAAAGCGUUCUUGAUGAGAAUAAGGCUGGUAAUAUAUUAUUCGUCGCUCAUGCUGCUUCCGUUGAGGUUUGCACCAGACAAAUUUUGGGCCUAACUCCGAGAUCUGUCAAUGAACUGACUGGCUUAAUUCCGCAUGUUCAUUAUUGCAGUUUGGUGGAAUUGGAGAAAAAAGAGGAUUUGUGGGAAAUGAAUGAACCUCCGAUUCCUCCAGUGACUCAUUACAACAAUCCACGUUUUAAUUGGAGCCUCAUACAGCCCUAAGUAUGUUCAUUAAUAUUUUAAGACUUGACAAUAUAUUUAAGCGAACGUUGUGAAUGUAAGUAAAUGAAACGUACUUGCAAAGUAAAAUCUCUAUUUUCUAAUCUCAGAUUACAACUAUAUAUGCAAUAUAUAUAUAUAAAACAUUAAAUCACGUAUAAGUAUUAAAUA